UCUUUUUACGUAGUUAUAUUUCUUUGUAUUAUUUAUGUUGUUGCUACUUCAUUCGUUUAUUGUCUGACCCCGUGGUCACGAGUCAGUCAUCUUGGCAUCUUGCUAUUCUUGCAGGUUAAGUUAGUACAGUUAUUUGGCCGUCCAGUCGCUUCGCUACUCCUGAGUCGCUAGACAUUUCUCAGUCAUCACCGGCACACGCGUCGCUACAAUUCAAACAUUUUUGUCAAAUCAUCCACAAUGGCGGUGCAACAAGUAAUUCCUGAAGAAAUCACAGUCCAAGUGUUGGACCAGACUAAUACUAUGCUGGAGUUCCGUACAAAAACGAAUAUAAGACUAAUAAAAAUUAUGGUUGCGUACUGCGUCAAAACUGGUUUAGAUAUUCAAACUUUAAGAUUCCGCUACGACGGCUACCCGAUUCACCAAGAUGACACACCGGCCACUAUGCAGAUGGAGGACAAAAGUGUUAUUGAAGUGUAUCAAGAUCAGACCGGUGCUUGAUAUUUAUAAAUAUUUAUUUUAUAAAUUAUUUUAUAAUAUAUCACAUUUUAUUUAGAUCA